UAGAGCCAUUCAGUCUCCGAUCAGUAGGAUCGCUUGCGCGUACAUACUAUGAUACUUACUACAAACUGUGACGAGACUCGGCCUUCACUAUAUCUUCGAGUCCUACAUGCAACUGCGACAGCAGGCAGCAACACUAUGAGCUUCAUACUGGACUUGUACCUUGUCGGUGUAGCGUGGCUGCACGCACUGCUCGCGCCCUAUACCAAGGUCGAAGAGAGCUUCAGCCUCCAUGCGACGCACGAUGUGCUCAUGUACGGCUAUGACCACCGUGUCUUCCCUGGGGCAGUGCCACGGACGUUCAUAGGAAAUGCUCUCCUGGCGUGGAUGACUAGCGCAGUAGCGUACCUGGCUAGCCCUCAGGGAAUGUUUACACAGAAGGCCGAUGUGCAAGUACUAGUCCGUUUGGUUCUCGCGACCGUGAAUGCCAUCGCACUUUGCCUCCUGCGGCGCGCCGUGUCGCGUCGGUUCGGCCGUCUUGUGAGCUGGGCAUUCGUGGCGCUCACCAUCAGUCAGUUCCAUCUGCCAUUCUGGAUGGGCAGGACGCUGCCGAAUAUGUUCGCCCUCUUCCCCGUGAAUAUCGCUCUGUACCAAUUGGUGAACCGUUCGCCCAACUCGAGUCGCCUUUCGUCAUCUGCGUUUCAUCGCAUGAUAGCACUCCUGACAUGCACAGCUGCUAUCUUCCGCUCUGAGGUUGCCCUACUCCUCGCUCCGCUUGCUCUGCAAGGUCUGCUAACAGGCUCUACCACGUUCUCUUCGCUACUUCGAGUUGGAGUGAUUAGUGGCACUUGUUCCGCGGCCCUGACAACCCUAGUUGACUCCUACUUCUGGCAACAAUGGCCUUUGUGGCCAGAGUUGCACGGUGUCUUCUUCAACGUCAUCGAAGGGAAGAGUGCAGAAUGGGGUGUCUCCCCAUGGCACACAUACUUCACGUCGUCUUUGUCCAAGCUCCUCAUGUGGAGCUUCCCACUGUCCGUGCUCGGCUUUCACGCCGAUUCACGCGUCCGCGCACUCCUCUUGCCUUAUCUUGGCUUCAUAGCUCUCCUCAGCUGCUUAGGACACAAAGAGUGGCGGUUCAUCAUCUAUGUCGUUCCAGUAUUCAAUAUCGCAGCCGCAAGAGGCGUCACAUGGAUCGUGAGGAAACCGAAGAGCAAAUUCCUCGUUCGCCUGUCUAUCCUCGUUACUCUCGGUCUGAUUGCAUGUAAUUUCGUCGUGACAAGCCUCUCCACUCUGGCGUCGAUGAACAACUACCCAGGGGGCGAAGCAUUGUCGACUUUUAACGCUCACUAUGCCAACGAGACUCAUGUACACGUCCACAUAUCCAACCUAGCUGCACAGACCGGGGCCUCCCUCUUCCUCCAUGCCUACGCACCGCCCUUCCUCACAAGCAUAAACCUCGCACCUCCGACUCAACACUGGGUGUACGACAAGACGGAGAACCUCACGCCGCAGAUGCUCAGUGGGUCGAAGGAGGUCACGCAUGUCAUCGCCGAGAGCGACGGCACUGGCUCGCCUUUACCCACAGGAUUCUCUUCGAGCUAUUGGACACCCGUUGCAAGUAUCCCGGGCUUUGACGGGUGGAAGAUCAACCCUCGGCUGCGAGAGUUAGUGAAAGGUAGAGGCAAGGGGUUGAUGGAGAACCUGGAUGUGUUCGUCCACCCGUUGGAGAUGAUCCUGAGCGAGAAACUGGUUAUCCUAGAACGGAAGGGUCAUUGAGGCUUACUAUGCAUGUAUUCCCACGGAAUGGAACAUAUGUAGCCGUUCACGGACUGCGAUC